AGCUGCGUUAUUUCGGCACGACUGAUGAAUUAUUUGAUAUCAUUCAUUCUGCUCAUGUAGGAGCAGGGCAUAAGAGAUUACGAGGUUUGUUUUUUGGAGUUUUUCCAACCGACAUAAAAUCUAAUUAUAUUCUUUUAUUUAUUGUAGUGAUGGACUCAGAAUUAAAGAGGAAAUAUUGUAAUAUAACACGGCAAAUAAUUGAGGUUUAUUUAUUACUUUGCAAAGAGUGUCAAUUAAAAAAGAAAGUGCAACGAAAAGGUUUAGUGGUUAAACCAAUUUUAACAAAUGAAAUGAAUUCGCGCUGUCAAGUAGACUUAAUUGACAUGCAAAGUGAACCAGACCAAGAUUUUCGUUUCAUUCUCAAUUAUCAGGAUCAUUUAACAAAAUUCACCGUGCUAAGAGCACUAAAAACAAAGACAGCUGAAGAAGUGGCCUAUCAUUUAUUAGAUAUUUUCUGUUUGUUCGGCGCCCCUAUGAUUUUACAAAGCGACAAUGGCAGAGAAUUUGAAAACCGCAUCGUAGAAAAUCUUGCUGAAAUGUGGCCCGGAUUGAAGUUGGUCCAUGGAAAACCUCGUCAUUCGCAAAGCCAAGGGUCCGUAGAGAGAUCGAAUCAAGAUGUAAGGGACAUGUUGGUUACAUGGUUGGCUGACCAAAACACAACGAAAUGGUCUGAAGGACUGCGGUUUAUGCAAAGCAAUAAAAAUCGUUCUCUGCAUACAGGAUUAACUAAAAGUCCUUAUGAAGCUAUGUUCGGCACGCCUCAAAAGAUCGGUCUUAAAGAUUCGUCACUUCCUAAGGAACUGCUAUCGAACAUUAAAACAGAAGAGGAACUACAAAAGUUGUGCAAUCAAGAAAAUUCAGACGAACGAGAAGAUGGACAUUUGCGUCUAGUUGACGACGAUAAUUUGAUAAACAGAAGGGAUACUGAAGAUAAACAACAACAACAACAAGAGAAAAAUGUCUGUACAAUAUGCGAAAAAGAAAUGUCAGAUUCCCUUAGAUGUUCAGUUUGUUGCUUAUCUAUUCAUAUCAUCUGCGGAAAAGCCAAGAAAGGAAAUGGAGGGGGUGAACAAAGCAUUAUAUGUAAUCGAUGUUUACGAAAUGAAAAUAUUAGUAAUGUACGGGUCGAGGCUAAAGGUGGACUGGAAAAGCAGGCCGAGAAAAUGAUCGCUCUCUCGAAUUCAAAGUUACCACCUAUUGAUGUAGGAAAAACCGUUAUUAUACGAGUACCUGAUGUGGACAGAGGUAGACUUGCCCCGAGAAACGUGUUAGCUGUUGUACUCAGUAUAAAUGACUCUGGACUUUAUCAGCUUGGAACGAAAGAUGGAACUUUGCAAUCGCUGUAUAGCCGUAAUGAGUUUACCUUAGCCGACUCCGACUUUAUUGAUAUUUCAACAGUCCCGUCAACGUCUGUAUCUCUUCGAACUGCUUCUGGCUUAGCAUCUGGAUCGAAACAAGGCUUUAUACAGUGCAAUUGCAAACGAUAUUGCAUCGACAGAAAAUGUGCGUGUAGGGCCAAGAAAGUAGUGUGUAACAGUAAAUGUCACCGCAACAGUUCAUGUAAAAAUAAGUAAGCCCUUAAGGUUCCAAAAGUUUUACGUAUUUUGAUUUUCUCUGUUUCUUUUAGAGUUGAUUUUGUUACUUUUAACAUUUGAAUG